UGCUUUGUUGGAUGCGUCUUUGCUGUGUGGGUGUGCCUAGAGAGCAAUUGAUGGGCAAAUGUGAUGUGGACGCGUGCUCAUUCAUCCUUUCAAAAUAUCAAGAUGAAUGGAGCCAUAUGGCAACAGAUACUCAACAAUGUGCUAACACUGCUACGGAAGCGGACAAUCAGGUGCAAACACUACUACGGAAAGCGCUGGCACAGCAGGAGGCACUUGUAUCGUUCCAGCGUCAGCUUGAUCAGAUGCCUGGCUUGAUAUCGACCCUGGCAUCGGCACAGCGUAGUGUAGCCACUCUGAGUGUCAACAUGACACAGACGGAGGCAGCACUGGGCCGGCUGGAGACGCUGAUCGAUCGGAUAGACUUGCAACGACGACAGGACACGGAGACUCGGCUGUUUGAGCGCCACCAGAAAUCAAGACAGCAAGAAUUGGACCAUCUAAAGGCGUCUGUUGCUGACGCGGAGCGGCGCAAAGCCGACCUGAAGAAACAGGCAGAGCUGGCCAAGCAGCGCGAGAGGCAAGCGGCGUUCGAAGCCGUGCACCAGCAGGAGAUCAAGAUGUUCAAGGAGAAAGGAGAGAUAGAAACCAUCACACGGCCACGUGGCGCGUCGUCCGCCUCCGUCGACGAAUACCAGUGCAUCGACGACAGCGGCGAGUUUGAGAACUUCCUUGCCGAAGAGAAGGGCGAUGAUGACGCUGGAAGUGACAGUGCCACCACCGCCACCACCACCGCAGCUGUGGCUAUUCCUGAAGACUCUACCGCUGAGGAUACAAUAGUGCAGACGGCGAUGUCGGAGGAGGAUGGAGAUGAGGAGGACACGGUGGAUGGGUCUGAAUCGACUGCUCCGGCGUGCGAAGUCGCCGUGGAUGCAGACCCGACACUCGACCCGUCGCUUCUGGUCGUGGCAUCGCCGGUCCACUCGCCGACACCAGAUCAGCUGACAGAUGGGGACGACUGAGUCGUGUGCGGGGCACCGUGUUCUCAUCAUGCCCAUGUUCAUUUCCAUACCCGUUCCUCCACCAUUUACUGAACUAGGCAGUUCACGAUCAUUGUUCUUAUCCCUGACGCCCCUGCCCGUGCCGUGCCUGGUGUACGUAAGUCUGGCUUGGCUGACCUGCUAGCACACACACAGCCGUGCCUUCACAACGAAAUAUAUCUUCUAUCGCGGACCCUUCUCAACUUCACGCUUAUAAAUUCAUACAACAGUGACUUCAUGAAAUGCUACCAGCUGGUUUGGUAUUCACAUUGCUCUUUAUCAAUAUCAUUCUUACUUAUUCAGUUAUUGUGUGUCUUGCGGAUAAGUAACGCAUAACAGUGACCUUUUCCAAUGUCAGACGACCUUCAAUUUUUCUGAUUUACUUUUAAUUUUGCUUCAAGCUUAUUCGUUCCAGCUAGUUAUCCCGGUGUGAUGUGAACACGCUCCGUUAGCUUCGCUCGGCUGGCUUGCAUUUGAUUUCAUCUCUGUGCAAACUAGGAUUCAGUGUGGCCAGGCUUCCACAUUUUC